AUGAUCAUGCCGUCCUGGGACUUAAAACAUGAAAUGUCCCCAAGCCAUGGAAUCACCGCUGAGGAUAAAAUGCUUGCAAGAAAAGAAAAGAACGCCGUCGAUUUCGUUCAAAAUUACAGCAAGCUUUGGUGCAAAUGUCUUAAGGAUACUAUAAGAAGUUUAGAAAAACGGGCGAUUCUCGAAAACGAUUGCAUGCGAGCUACUGCCAAGGUGUUCCAGGGUCUUAUGACCGGUGUCAGUGCAACGCCCGAAGCGCCGCUUUCGGAAGAAAUCAUCCAGUUCAGUCGUUUGAUUGGCGAACAGGCGAAGGAAACGGAGUUGCACAACACCAAACGAUAUCGGGAGCUUAUUGAGGUACUGAAACGCCAGAGAACAGAAUUUGCAAAGACGCGCGAAGUGCUGAAGGCAAAGUGGAAGGCAGAUGUGAAGCGGAUGGUGGACGCGGAGAGUGCGUUGUUUAAGGCAAAGUCGAACUACUUCAAAUGCUGCCAGACGGGUGUAAAGCUUCGCGAAGAUCUGGCCACUGCACAGGCAACACUGAACGAUUCCCAGGCCAAUCUUAUGGCUGCUGCUACCACCACAUCACUCGCCUCGCCAAUGCCACUGCCCCCCAUCAACGGUGCCGCCUCUGGAUCCCCUAGUACUGCCUCCGCAGUCACUGCUACCACCUCCGUAGCCUCCGCUUCGACAGACAAUGGCCUUGAUGGCUCCACCUCAGCCAGUUCCGCCUCUGCAUCCGCCUCCAUUGCCUACACUUCUCCCUCUCCUGUCGAUCCCGCUCUCAUGAAUGCCGUUGUUAAGCAUAAAGCCAAGGUGGAAAGGCUGGAGAGACAACUCGGUGACAAUGAUAAGAAGGUAGGCUGCUCCUGCAUCAGCAACGCAUUCUACUUUUCUUUUUCAAAGUAA